CGUAUAUAUAACGAUCACGCCGCGCCUCUUUCUUCUUCGCUGCUUCGCUUCUUUCUAAACAGGCGUAGUCAUGGUGCAUGUCAGUUUCUACCGCAACUAUGGGAAGACCUUUAAGAAGCCAAGGCGUCCAUAUGAAAAGGAGCGAUUGGAUGCAGAGUUGAGGCUUGUGGGAGAGUAUGGACUGCGAUGUAAGAGGGAGUUGUGGAGGGUUCAGUAUGCUUUGAGCCGUAUUCGAAAUGCUGCCAGGGAUCUUCUUACUCUUGAUGAGAAGAACCCUCGCCGUAUUUUUGAGGGUGAAGCGCUUCUUCGUAGAAUGAACAGGUAUGGACUUUUGGAUGAGAGCCAAAACAAGCUUGAUUAUGUCUUGGCUUUGACUGUUGAGAAUUUCCUUGAGCGCCGCUUGCAAACACUAGUGUUCAAGUCUGGGAUGGCCAAGUCGAUUCACCAUGCUCGUGUGUUGAUUAGGCAAAGGCAUAUAAGAGUUGGUAGGCAAGUUGUCAACAUCCCAUCUUUCUUGGUGAGGGUUGACUCUCAAAAACACAUCGACUUCUCUCUCACAAGUCCAUUUGGAGGCGGCCGCCCUGGAAGAGUGAAGAGAAAGAACCAGAGAGCAGCUGCAAAGAAGGCUGCCGGGGGAGAUGGUGACGAUGAUGAGGAAGAAUAGUAAAUCUUAAGGCCAUUAUCCCACAACUAGGAACACCCGAAAAGCCUCUGAUAAGGACUUGCCUUCACCUGAGUUUUUGUUUCCAGAUAUUUACUGUAGUGGAUUCUGGAAUAUGCUGUUGCUUUUAGUAUUCUGUUUUAUUUUCCCCCCUGGUUUGAAGCUAUUCGGAGUAAUUAUGUUUAAAGAUUAAAAUAUUUUGCUUUUGGUCAUUUUAGUGGCAAUGACAUCUAUAGAGCCCAAAAUCUUAUCAA